AGAAGAGACAUCACUGGGAGACCUGUGUCAGACAGACUCAACUUACCUGACCGACCUCCACCAUUUUGCGCUGUUGACUCGGACGUCUGGAUUUUUCACCUGGACUCAGCAGAUACGGGACAUCGCUUCAUUUCUUUUGCUCUUUUGGAAUUUGAUUUUUUGUUAUUUGGAGUCAUGUUGAACCUACUGAUUGUUACCAUGGGUAGAGCGCAAUAGAAUAGGAAGUUGACACCCACGAAUGUCGUCAGAGGAAGCAAAAAUAAGGCACGUAAUCUCCAACCCGUGUACCACUAAGAAACGGUAGGUUUAUCGUCGCUGUGUGGCCAAGACAAGUAUUUGGUUACUGUCAUUUGAAAAAUACCUUUGUCUUUGUCGUCCUGAGCGAUAUUUUGGAAUACAUUUUUUUCUACAGGCGUCGAGCUUGGUAGACUGUCGGUAGACUGACUCGCCUGGAAGCAUGCCAAUGCUAACGUGAUAUUCUAAGUUGAUAUUUCAGGUGUCAUAGUUCAAUAUUUUACGAACUUUAAUGUCAUCUAUUCCUUCAAUUGGUCAUAAUUCUCAAUCCUCAUCAAAUUAGUAAGGGAUUGUUAGGUUGGAGGAGGUUGGUCGCUGCUCUGCUAAUGCUAAGCUAGUGUUGAAGUUGGUACUGUGCUUGAAAUAUUACUCUGGUUAAGCUCAUAAUAAUAAUUAUUAUUAUUAUAAUUGUUAUUAAAAUUAUUACUGUUAUGGCGUGAGAUCAUUGUGAUCACCAGAGUCGAAAUGAAACAAAGGCCCUGGUUCAAGGUUGAGGUGAGGAUAGACAGUUCUGAGAACAACUUGGCCGCAGGGAAUAUUAUGAAUUAUUAUGAAUAUUAUUGAAAUCAAAUUAAACAAACACUGAAAAGGCACUGGCAUCAAUAAAGGUGACCAUGUCCAGAGCUCCUCACUUGCAUGUUUUGUGUGAGUGUGUGUGUGUGUUUGUCCCUAUAACACAUAUACAAAGUUACUUAUACUGUUUAAAUUGUGUUUUAUAAUAAGUUCAUAACUCAUAAGUUGUAAUUCAGUUUUUGUUUACUGAACAUAUUAGUUUAGGUCGUCAUGAACUGAGAGUUUAGGGGAAGAAGAGCAUGAACUUGUGUAUUCACUUUUCUUUCCUUCUGUCGUCAUUUCUGUCAUUAUUUUAAAUGUUCCACUGCACUAUAUGCACUAUGCAUUUUAACAUUUUAAACAUUCAGGUUCAACACAGCAGAAUGACGUGUGUGCGGAGCCUGGUGUUCAAGGCGUUCCUGGUGAUCCUGCUGUGGGCAGCAGCGAGCGAUCUGCAGCCAGCAGACAACACCGUGUACAGCAGGUACAUGAGCGACCAGAUCCUCCCGUGCAGCUUUCCAAGUGGAGAUGGCCUGCUGGUCCACUGGUACAAAGGCGGGAAAGAUGCUGCUGUCCACUCCUACUACAAUGGUCAGGACCAGUUGGACCAUCAAAUGGAUCAGUUCAGGGGAAGAACGUCCCUGUUCCAUGAGCAGCUGUCCAGAGGCAACGCUUCACUGCUGCUGAAGGAGGUCCAGGUCUCUGACCGUGGACGCUACACAUGCUACACCAGCAAAUCCAGGGAGGAUGCCCAGGAGUCAUCUGUCAACCUGGAAGUGGAAGGAGAGAAACACAGGGAGAAACCUCCAUAUUCAAGGGUCAACAGUGAAAACUCAGCUCCUGAACACAACAAGUCCACUCAGCCGCCUGAAACUGAGAAGCUGCCUGUAAAUGUCGAAGCAGCUCUAUGGUGGUUCCGACUCCGCAUCAUCCUGGCCAUUGUUGUUACUGCCCUGGUUGUUCUGGGUUUCUGUCUGUAUGGAGGACGCGGCUUGAAAACUUGUGGAUGUGGAGAGGAACUAAAUGGGCAAACUUCAUCUGUAACCAUUGAGAGGCAGGCACUAAAUGGCAGUGAGGAUCACAGACGCGGACAGGAAAUAAACACGCCAUUUCAUGAAAGUGACACAGCUGGCGCUUAGCGACACCCGCCAGUUGAUAGAGAUGACCAGCCUUUCUCAGGUGCCGUUUACGAAGAGAUGGAAACAACCAAAUCCAUCACCGUUCUCUUGGCUCUCCUUGUUCGUUCUCUCGUUCUGUGCGCUAGCUAGCUUACUUGGAGCACUCUGUCUUAAACCCUGGUGCCUGAGUUAGUGUUCUGUUUCUUUCUGUUUCCGCGUGUUUCCUGGUUUCUUUCGUCACUAUCUCUGUUCAUUGUACUUUCGUCUCUCCGUUCCCAGAUUUAAGUUGGUUUGAUUCUCCCGGUUCGGUGACACUUUCUGUUGUGAUUUUGUUGUUUAAUUAUUAAAAUAUUGUUUUUGACUCGGUCCUGCCUCCUGUGACUUUCACCACUGCGCUUGGGUCGCGCUCCACGUCUCGACUCGUGACAGGGUGCAGCGUUCA